CUUUCCACCCCCAUCCAUUUCAACCUCCCAGGCCACCGCCAAACCAGCUAUAAAUCAGACCUCUUGCACCCUUCUUUCCAUCUCUCUUUGACUCCCACUUCCCUCCAUCCCAUCCCAUCCUCCCCCCUCAUCCCCAAACAACAUCCUACAUACACUGCUCUUUGUUCUCAAUUGAGUUUGCUCAGCUCAUUAUCAUCCAUACACCAAACACCCAUCAGAUCUUUCUCCUCAUUCCAUCCCUCAUCUCACCUCAAGUUUUGACUUGAUACUUGCCACACUACAUCACCACUUUGUACUACUUAGUUGUACCUUGGUGUAAUAGUCGCACUGCUCCCCGGUCCGCGCUGCGCACCCCAACCCGUAAAGUUGCCUACUACUUAACACACUUAACAUCCUUCGUCGUAUCAUGCCGACUGGAUACGUCACCGACUCCGACAAUGACACAGACCAGUUGGACGGUGGAGCAAGUGAGUCAGACUGCGAUGAUAAAAUUAUUCCCGGGGCCCUCCAAAGUGCCAACAGUCGUGUAUGGUCUACUCGCGAACUUUACAGCAGAAUGAAUAAUAACGCCAUAGACGUCGCACCCCCCUAUCAGCGUGAUGUCGUAUGGACCAAACCUUCUCAAUCUGCCCUUAUCGAUUCGAUAUUAAAAAACAAAUGGGUUCCAACGUUACUCUUCAGUGAACGGCCGGCUAGUGUCGAUCGCCACGGAAAAAAACGCAAAGCGAGAUGGGUUUGUAUAGAUGGCAAGCAACGCUUGACCAGCAUCAAACUCUUCCUCGAUGGGAUAAUUCCUUGGUACAUCAAGCCGAAACAGCCGCUUUUUUUCAAGCAAUCCAAUCCACCACAACCCUCAAGGAAGCUUCUGACAGAAGAGCAGCAAGAAGUCUUUCUUAAUCGUGGACUUAUUGCUGCCAUGUAUAAUCAACUCACUGAACUUCAAGAGCGCGAUAUCUUCAGAUUAGUCCAGGAGGGAAAACCUCUGACGGCGGGUGAGAAGAUGCACGCUUCUUCCGGACCAUGGGGAGUAUACAUCGACGAAUUGACUGAGAGAUACAUGGUUAGGAACGAGGAUCAUCCUAACGGUUGGUGCGGGAGAAUAGCAAAUCUUACACGUGGUUCUGAUUUCAAAACUAUGGCACAGAUUGUUAUUAUGAUACGGGAUAGAAUAUAUAAUUCGCCCGAUCCCCCUCGUUUUUUGACAACCGUGAAGGUUCAGAAAGAGCUGGAUAUCCUGUCCCAAACUGAGGUCCCCGAGAAGCUCAAGCACGAAAUUGAACAUGUACUGGACUACUUUAAGGAUCUCUCGACGCUUGCGCCUCCAAUGACUCCAUACACCAUCGUAUUAGGAACCCCUGACGCCCUAUUUUACCCAAUUCAAAAGGGCAAAAAGACAAUGAUAGCUCCUGUCGAGAUGGUUUGGAUUCCUUACUUGAUUGCGGUUCAUGCUAAAGAACUCACAAGGGGUAAGGUAUUGGAGAUGGUUGAACUGUACAAAAUUGAUGUUCGAAAGAAGUAUCCCAACGAAGUCAAAAGUAAUGCUCCACUCACGGCUUGGACCGCAAACUGGAUUGAAAACUUUGAUCUGGCAAGACUACGAGGUAAAUACCAGGGUUGGUUUGUCCCUCGUCCAACCCCUCAACCUGUAUUUCAAGACGAAACCAAACCUGAAGGCUCGGGAUUGCGAGACAUGGCCAGGCGUAAUCUAUCGAUUCAAACCGCUGCUAAGAGAGACGCGCCUACCCCAGACCCAACACUUGCCUCGAGCCCCUGUACAUCGACAGCGUCUCUACCCAAGAGACCCCGUUGCUCUAUUCCGGGACCUGCUGGCCAAGGCGCCGCCAAGUCCCCCACCAUACCAUUUCAGCCAAAUCGCAAUUCAUUGCCGAAAGACUCCACACCAUACAUGCGUCCGGUGGCUCAAACCCGCUCUAACACGAACUCCAGCGCGGGCAUACCACCUACCAGCGAUGCUCUCAAAGCACGAGCGUUGGCUCAACGAGCUCAAGCCGUAGUCGCAUGGAGCCCGAAUCUGAUGGGUAAUGGCCAGCAGUCCACCGCUAGCUCGUUACCGAGCCAAACUAUCGCGUAUCAUGCGACCGAGUCUGGAACUGUUCGACCUGGCGCUCUGCCCCAGAACGGCUCCCGCCUCGUUCCAAAUUAUCCUAGCCGCCCAUCUAACUUUUUGCUACCCAACAAACCGAUGCCGCCCAACAUGUCAGCAAUUCCGCAACAGCAAACCAAUGGAAACACACAUGUUCUCCAAUCGGCCUCAACAACUCAUCCCAACAUCCCUAAUUGA